UGGUCACACUAAUAUUUUAUAUUUUGCCAAUUGCAACAAAAUAAAAUGGGAGAAGUUAAACCCGCUAAAGUGGAAAACUAUAGCACGGGGAACGAUGCAAACACACUGUUUGCGGAUGGGGAACGGGUUCUGUGCUUCCACGGACCGCUCAUCUACGAGGCUAAGGUUCUAAAAACAAAGCCCGAUGCGACGCCGGUUGAGUACUACAUCCUAGCCGGCUGGAGCAAAAACUGGGACGAGUGGGUGCCCGAGAGCCGAGUCCUAAAGUACAACGAUGACAACGUCAAGCGCCGACAGGAACUGGCGCGCCAGUGUGGCGAGCGCUCCAAGAAGGACAACAAGAAAGGCAGCGCCAAGGCCAAGAAGAUGGAGCAGAUGCGCAACGAAUCUCGUGCCUCGACGCCCUCUAAGGACAGUAACACCUCGCAAUCGACCGCCAGCAGCAUACCGACGACCAGUGCGGGUCUGGGCAACAAAUCGGAUGCCGGAAGCACGAGCAGCACCACGACCAACAGCACCAGCACCACCACGACCAGCCGUGCCAACCGCAAGUCCACACAGUCGGCGGCGGCCACGGCACGACCAGGCACUCCAAGUGAGAAAAAGGAGGAUACCACAGCUGCUGAGACCACAGAGGACGAAGCUGUCACGCCGGUGGCUCCGAAGAAGAAACGGAUGAGCGAGCAGCGGCCUUCACUAACAGGAAGCGAUGUGGCAGACAAGACAACUGCGCCUCCCACCACCCCAUCUACACCCACAACAGAGCCCGCACCUUGUGUGGAAAGCGAGGAGGCCUACGCCGCCAAGCUGGAGGUCAAGAUCAAGAUACCUGACGAACUGAAACACUACCUCACCGACGACUGGUAUGCUGUAGUUCGGGAACACAAGCUGCUAGAGCUGCCGGCCAAAAUAACCGUGCAGCAGAUCUCCGAGCAGUAUUUGGCGCACAAGAAGUCCGUCAAGUCGACCAGCGCCAGCAAGGAGGUGGCCAUUAACGAUGUACUCGAUGGCAUUGUGGAGUACUUCAACGUAAUGCUCGGCUCCCAGUUGCUGUACAAAUUUGAACGCACUCAGUAUGCGGAUGUAAUGCAGAAACAUCCGGACACACCGCUGUCUGAACUGUACGGAUCCUUUCACCUGCUGCGCCUGUUCGUGCGGCUGGGCUCCAUGCUCAGCUACUCGGCGUUGGACCAGCAGUCCAUGCAGAAUCUGCUCGUGCACCUGCAGGAUUUCCUCAAGUUCCUGGUGAAGAACAGCGCAAUGUUCUUCAGCAUGAGCAACUUCAUCAACGUGGACCCCGAAUACGUGCGAAAUGCACAGUAAGCAAUCAUCUCUCCUUGACUUGAAGUAAAUAUUUCAUCCAAACAGUUUGCAAUAAUUCGUUAGUUGCUUCUAACAACUGGUUUGUAAAUUAAAACACAAGUAAAAUGAUUUGUAAUAAGCUAAUGGUAAUAAUGCUAAUAAAACGUCAGCACCUUGUAAAAAUUA